AUAAUCAAAAUACAAGUUUCAGAAUAUUUAAACACACACAACUUUGGUUUCCAUGGCAACAAUGAAUAUAGCACCUGUCUCUGGAGCAUCAACUCCACAAAGAUUAUUAGCGAAUAUAACGAGUGGGGCUGAAAGUAUUAGAGCGUGUUCGCGAGAAUUGUGCAUCGAGAGUGGGAAAAAUGAUGUUCUAGCUAGUAGUAAAUCCUAUGUAGCACAACAAUUGCAUUUCAAACAGAUCAACAAAAUCCAAAGAUUAAGAUCUACUCUUGUUCGUGUCCAUAACCACCAAUCUAUUAGAAAUUCCUUGGGGAACGACGAACAUGGAGCUACCACGAGACUAGCAGGUAAAGUAGCAAUCAUAACUGGAGCAGCUCAAGGAAUUGGAGAAUGUACUGCAAGACUUUUUGCUAAACACGGAGCCAAGAUUGUAAUCGUUGACAUCCAGGACGAUUUGGGUCAAUCUGUUUGUGAAGACAUUGGUCUUGAAAGCGCAUCUUACAUCCACUGCGAUGUAACUAAAGAAGAGGAUAUAGAAAAGGCAGUAAAGUUCACCAUAGAAAAGUAUGGUAAAUUAGAUAUAAUGAUCAACAAUGCCGCGGUUUUAGGUGAAGCAAAGCAAAGUAUUCUUGAAAACAGCAAAGCUGACUUUGACCAUGUUAUAAGUGUCAACUUAGCAGGCGUUUUUCUAGGAACAAAACACGCAGCUCGUGCCAUGAUCCCAGCUCAUAGUGGUAGCAUUAUAUCAGUUGGAAGUGUAUCUUCUGCAAUUGGCGGUGUUUCCCCUCAUGCAUAUACUAGUUCAAAACACGCAAUAAUUGGACUGACAAGAAAUGUUGCUGCAGAACUUGGCAAACAUGGAAUUCGGGUCAAUUGUGUAUCCCCUUACCUUAUUCCACCAUCAGUCCCAGCUGAAAUAACCGAUACGUAUCCAGAUAUAUUUAAAAAUAUAUAUUCAAACAUUAAGGGAGUGACUCUUCAAGGAGAAGAUGUGGCUCAAGCUGCUCUGUACCUAGCAAGUGAUGACUCCAAGUAUAUAAGUGGCCAUAACCUUGCAGUUGAUGGAGGGUUUACCACAAUAAAUCCUGGAUUCGGCUUAUAUGCGCCAUCUAAAUCUUCUUAAUUUGCUUAUGAUACGUCACAUUCUCUGUUACCGUAUUGAAAAUUUUUGAAUAAACUUUCUUUUUAACAAUCAAAUUUGUCUUGCGGUGUUUA